AGGGAAAGAGAAUUAGUUUCCUAAAAAAGUGUCUGUCAGCUGUUUCCCCCAAAAAAAUACGCUGUUGUUCAACACUUCGUUUUCAGUCGGAGAAGUUUUCAUUUCAUAAUUCGCAAAACGAGCUAAAUUUAAUAUUCGUACGAAAUGGAGAUUUCCGAGGGUGUUAAGGAGCGUUUGGGAGUUGUGGUCGGGGCGGUCCAGACUGGAUUCCACUGGGGAUUCGUGCCACUUGUUUUGUAUUUGGGAUUUACGAAGGGAGCUGAGCCUGGCAUGCCGCCGUUAAAUAUUUUUAGUCUGUUAUGGCAAUAAAAAUUAUCGACUGGACAAAACAUGAUCAUUUUUGCUUCGGGUGGUGCCCCGCAUUUUGGUUCUGAUUGGAUUUCUGGGCACUUCCGCAGUACCUGCAGUUAUUGGAAAUAAAUAUCUGUUACUAAACAAAUCAAAAUUUUGCCAUGUAUUCUGGAGUCCCCCAAUAUUUCAACAAAAAUCAGUGUCCAUAAAAACGCAA